UUCCGAAAGAGGAACAGAGGGGAAAUAGGGCCACCCUUCCUCCGUCCUCCUCUCCGCCGCCGCCGCCGCCGAAGCAAUCCGCGUCCGCCAGCCAGCCCGCGCCGCCGAUCUCUAGGGUUCCGUCCGUCCGGUUGGGAGGAAUGGCGUCGUCGGCGGGCCCCCGCUACGCGCCGCCAGAUCCGACGCUGCCCAAGCCGUGGAGGGGCCUCAUCGACGGCACCACGGGUUACCUCUACUUCUGGAACCCGGAGACCAAGGCCGUCCAGUACGACCGCCCCACCGGUCCGCCGCCCCCGGCCCCUGCUCCGCUCCCGGCCCCCGUCGCGCAGCCUGCCUACCCCGAGGAGAGGGCCAGGAACCGAGACGCUCCCGAGCCGCAAGCGCAAGCUGCGGCGAGCCGCCUGCAGAGUGCGCCUGCUGAUCAUUUAGAGCGGCGCUCCGAAGCUGCAGGAAACCGCGUGCAGAAUGUGCCCUUUGCUGAUCACAAGCCCAGGAGCGAUCCUUCUUUGGAGCCACGCUAUUCAGGUGGAGUGCACCACACAGCUGUGACAUCAACUAACCAAGUUUCACAGGCUGCCAAUGGAAACCACAUCUCGCCAGAAGCAUACCGUGCUAAGCAUGAGAUUACUAUUAUUGGAAAUGAAUCUCCAGCGCCAUUCAUGACGUUUCAGUCCACAUGCUUCCCUCCUGAGAUUCUAAGGGAGGUGCAGCAAGCAGGAUUUUCAGCACCAAGUCCUAUCCAAGCUCAAUCAUGGCCGAUUACUCUAAAGGGUCGUGAUAUUGUAGCUGUGGCAAAGACAGGUUCUGGAAAAACUCUGGGUUAUCUACUUCCAGGGUUCAUUCUUGUUAAGAACCUACGUAACAAUUCAAGGGAUGGUCCGACUGUGUUAGUUCUGUCUCCAACCAGGGAAUUGGCAACCCAGAUUCAAGAUGAAGCAGUCAAGUUUGGUAGAUCAUCAAGAAUAUCAUCUACUUGUCUAUAUGGUGGUGCUCCAAAAGGCCCUCAGCUAAGGGAUUUGGAGCGUGGUGCUGACAUUGUUGUUGCAACUCCUGGAAGAUUGAAUGACAUUUUAGAAAUGCGAAAAGUGAGCCUGCAUCAAGUAGCAUAUCUUGUUCUUGAUGAAGCUGACCGAAUGCUUGAUAUGGGAUUUGAGCCACAAAUAAGGAAAAUUGUGAAACAAGUACAACCUAAACGGCAAACUCUUAUGUUCACUGCCACUUGGCCAAAGGAAGUGAGGAAAAUAGCCUCAGAUUUGCUGACUAACCCAGUCCAAGUUAACAUUGGGAACACUGAUCAGCUGGUUGCAAAUAAGUCAAUCACUCAGUAUGUGGAAGUUAUCUCACCUAUGGAGAAACAGAGACGACUUGAUCAGAUCUUGCGAUCACAGGAGCCUGGAUCCAGAAUCAUAAUCUUUUGUUCCACUAAGAGGAUGUGUGAUCAGCUGUCCCGGAACUUAUCUCGGCAGUAUGGGGCUUCUGCUAUUCAUGGUGAUAAAUCACAGGCUGAGAGGGACUCUGUUUUGAGUGAAUUUCGAAAUGGCAGGUGCCCAAUUCUUGUAGCCACUGAUGUGGCUGCUCGAGGCUUAGACGUAAAGGAUAUCAGAGUUGUGGUUAACUAUGAUUUCCCAACGGGUGUUGAGGACUAUGUCCAUAGGAUUGGGCGAACAGGUAGGGCUGGUGCGACUGGACUUGCAUAUACAUUCUUCUGUGAUCAGGAUUCGAAAUAUGCUUCGGAUCUUGUGAAGAUUUUGGAGGGUGCAAACCAAUCAGUUUCGCAACAGUUGCGAGAUAUGGCUUCCCGUGGAGGUUAUGGUAGCAGGCCACCACGGCGUUGGGCAUCAUCUAAUGAUUCCUAUGGUGGUCAGGGAUCUUUUGGCAGCCAUUCUAGGGAUGGUUCAAGCUUUCAAUCUAGUGCCUAUAACAGCAGCAGUGGCAAUACAUUUGGCAGUACUCCUAGCUUCCAUUCCAGCAGCAGUAACAACAAUCAGUCCAGUGGCAACCCAAGCUUCCCUGCCAGUGGCGGCAACAAUCAAAGUGGUGAUGGUCUCAGCUUUCAUGAAAGAUUCUAUAGCUCUCGAGGUGCUGAUCAGAACAGAACAAGCAAUGACGGCUUCCGGGCUAGGAGCAGGAGUCCUCCCAAGGCUGUGGGAGUCUCCAACUGGUAAAUGUCAAGAUGCGACCUGGCAAUCAUGAUGGUGACGAAAUUAGGUGGAGUUUGGAAUUGGUUUUCUAACCAAAUUAUAGUAUCUCUUGUGCUCGCUGAAGCAAAGAAUGUCCUGGGAUCCCCCUGACAUAGCUUGUUAGUCUUUUGCUCUGUUGAUGCGGUGCCUGGGAGGCACUUUAUAUUGUCGGUAUGCCGGUGUUAGUACUUGGUGAAACCUUGAACCUUGGGACUUCUUUGCUAUUUAUACCCUGGUAGUGUUUUAUAAUCCUCGGAAACGAACCUCCUGAGACGUGAAUUUUGGGCCGUACCAUGUAAGUUAUGUUUGACUGGUGUAAAUGCUCUCAGCCUCAGGGUGGCUAGAUGUUGGACCGGAUGACCUAUGCUUUACAUGUGCUGAACUUCUGAACAA